AUGCGCAAAGUGGAGCAGGGAUCCGUUCCUCGAGUGCCUGGGUUUCCAACCAGGGUCAGCAGGGCUGCUUUGGAGUAUUCCUCCAGGGUUCCAGCGUUUGGGGAGGAGGGGGGAAAGGAUCCUCGUGUGCAGUUUUGCUGCAAGUGUGAGCUGGCGCCAUUGCUCUGUGCGGAAGCCAUGGUUAAGGACUGGAUGGCAGAACCUUGUGUGGGCGUGCUCAUGGACCUGGGGAGACUCAGAUCCCGCCUGCUGGCUAUGUUUUCUGCUACAGAUGCUGCAACAGAUGUCUCAGCUGUUGCUGCCCUUUUUGUUACCCCUGCUGCGCCGCUCUCUCCUGCUGCUGCAGCGUGGUCGUGCUGUUUUCGUUGCAGCAGCUGCUGGGCUGCCUACCGCCUUGUGGUCAGCUUCGCUGCCCUCCUCGUGCUGGUGGCGAGGUGGCCGCGGGUUGUGACUCUACUGACCACUCGCAUAGAGACACGGGCUGGCGCCUACCAGGCGAUCUUGGCUGAGCUGGGGGCGGGCAGGCAAGUUGAGAACGACUGUGUUGCGUCCAUGCUGGUGCAGGUGCUCGGGGUGAAAGAGAGUGCUGAUCUGCAGGACGGGUUUGGGUUUUUCGUGCAACAUCUGCUGUCAGGCGGGCUGGAGAAGGCGCAUGCUGAGGGGAAGGGGAGGGGGAGAGCCAAGGGGGAAGGUGACACUGUGUGGAAGGUGAGGAAGGAGGUAGAGGUGUUGAUGGGCGUGGUGAGGAACAGUAGGGGCGUGCGGUCAGGAGGGAAGACGAGUGAGAUGGUGGGAGCUGGUGAAGGUGGGGUGGGGGAGGGAGGCGUGACUAGAAGGCUGGAAGGCAUGCUGAUGGGGAAUGGCUCAAGGUUUGAAGUACCCUGUGAGACUGGGGAGAGGCUUGAUGGCAGUGAUGGGGAUGGCAAGGAUGAGAAAGGUGGGCAUUGGAGGGAGAAUCUGAAGGGGCGUGUGUGGGAGAGGUAUGUGGAUGGCAUGGCUCGGAUUCUGGAGCACAGAGGGGGGGAAGGGAGGGAGUUCAGGUGCAGCCACUGCAGUGAGGGGGGCAGCAGCAGCAACAAGAACAACAACAGCAGCGGCAGCAGCGGCGCCGGCAGUGGCAGCAGCGGCAGUGGCAACAGCAGCAGUGGCAGCAGCAGCAGCAGCAGCAGCAGCAGCAGCAGCAGCAGCAGCAGCAGCAGCAGCAGCAGCAGCAGCAGCAGCAGCAGCAGCAGCAACAGGGGCAGCAGCAAUGUGAGCAGUGUUGGGGAAGACAAGGAUUUUCCCAGAGGCAUGUACCUGAGUGGGGUGGGUGCCACUGACUUCGCCCUGGCAGUCGCCAAUGUGCUCUCCAAGCCCGAGUGCUGCAUGGCAGGGGGAAUAUUCUACAUGGAUACCAUCAACCCCAGCAAGGCACGGAUGGAGGCAGCAGCCAUUGAGGAGGCCAGGAAGAGAGCAAGGCGUGUGGAGUUGACAGGUGGGGCGAGUGAGGAAGCAGGAGGAAGAGGAGGAGCACGGGGAAAGGGUGCCGGAGUGGAAGCAACAGCAUCAGCUGCAGCGGCGGCGUUCCCGCCAGCAGCUGCCCAGGCAGCGAGCUCCAAUGCUUGUGGUGGUUCGCUUGGAAGCAUUGAAGCUUCUGACUCUGACAUGAGUGGAGAUGCGUCUACCAGCUCUGGCCUCGUGCCUGUCAACACCCACCCUGGUGUUGCUGUUUUCACGUACUGGGCUGCUUGCAUCUUGCAGUGGGUCCGAAUCUAUGGCUCAGAUUUUGUUUCAGCGAAUAGAUGCUUCAAGGACAGCCCACAGGGCAAGGUCCUGCCCAUGCGCCAUCCGUUGCGGGACCUUCCGAGCCUGCUUCUCAGGUUUGGCAACGUCCCUAAGCCUAUGGAGGGAAGGAGCUUUCCCAUGGAGUGGGAGGAGUGGCCUCAGGGUGAUGAAGCUGCUGUGAAGCUUCCUGAUGACUGCAAGAAGAGUUUCUUUGGCGAGGGGAUCGUGGAGGAGAGUGGGACGGCAGAAGCAGGCAAGGGAAGGCCCUCUAAUCCAUCGUCAGAGGCAGGAGGUAAGAGGAGGGUUGAGAGGAAGACGGUGUGCGUGGAACGCAGCAACGAUCAGCCCACUCCCGCUCCUUCGCAUCUGCCCACCUCAAGCCGUCAUCCCAUUGUUCGCUGCAUGGCAGACGUGGAUUAUAUUCUGGAGGUUGCUGCUAGCCGAAUCACCCCGCCCUCAUGCUCUCAGUGCAGAAGAUGCAUGGACCUGUACACCUCCCAAAUCUCCUUGGUCGCCUUCAUUGCCAAUUUCGCCUACCGCCCCGUCUCCAUCCUCUUCAACCGCUUCGUCUCCAUCUUCCCCCCCUGCUCUCAAGAAUUCUGCACCCUAGCCAACGCCUUCCGCGUGGAGAUGGGAGUGACUCGGUCGGCCCAAUUGGAGGCCCUGGGGUGGUUGCGCCAACUGGCAGAGCACAUGCCACUCACUAUGCUGCUUGCGAUUGCUGUGAAGUGGACUGGACCAAUGAUGGCUCCUCGUGGGGUAUUCAAGGAUGGGAGGCCUAUUGAGGGAGGCGCUGGGUCGAACGGGAGGGGUGGAGGAGGGAGGCUGGGAAGCAGAGGAGUUGGUGGGGAUGACGAAGGAAACGCUCCCACAGCAACACCUUUGUCCGAUGUUGCAAUCCCUGUCACUGCACCAAGGGUUGCUGCAGGAGCCGUAAAAGCAAGACCCGCUUCUAAUGCUGAAUGCUCUGGUCCUCUGUUAACGGGGGGGCGUGUGUGCGGUGGGUGUGGCAAAAUGAAGUAUUGCAGCAGGGACUGCCAAAAGGUGCACUGGCCCUCCCACAAGCUCACAUGCCCCGGCAGGAUCAACGGGAAGAGGAGUGGGAAGAACAGUGACAGGGUGAGUGGGCAUGUGAGUGAUGUGAGUGGCAAUGUGAGAGGCAAUAAGAGUGGCAACGUGAGUGGCAGGAUGGAGGUGAGGUGA